AUGGGUGCCGGAUUAAUAAUGGUGGAUAAGACGAAAUGGGUUCUCCAAACUUUUACGUCUUCUGCUGCUUUGUGGCAAGUGUCGUCACGAAGGGAAUCUGACAUGGUUAAUUUAUGGGAUUCAUUUAACCUGGCAUGGUUAAUUUGCCCGUUUGCAACGGGUCAGUUGAUUGCAGAUUGUUACGACCCUCUGGAUCCAAAUGGAAACAUUACAGUCUCCUUUGACAUAUUGCAGUAUACAUCUGAUGGCUAUGUGGCAAGAGUAACCAUCCAAAAUUUCUAUUUGUACCGGCAUGUGGACAAGCCUGGGUGGAGAAUUGGGUGGACUUGGUCUCAAAAUGAAGUUAUUUGGUCAAUGUCUGGUGCUUUUGCUACACAUCAAGGGAACUGUUCGUCUUUCAAGUUUCAGACACCGCAUUCCUGCAAGAAAUAUCCUGAUAUACUCGAUUGGAUGCCAGAUGCACUGCCACAGAACAGGUCAGAUGCUUGUUGCAAAGGUGGCAUACUUGAUGCCUGGGCUAUCGAUCCUUCAAAGUCAUUCUCAUCCUUUGAGAUGACAGUUGGCAAUUUAGGAGGAAAUUCCACUGGUUACAGGCCUCUUAACCUUACCCUACUUGCUCCAGGACCAGGUUACACAUGCAGCCCAAUCGUCGAUACUGAUCCUACAGUUUCUUCAGUCAUCGGUGGUAGAAGAGAGGAGCAAGUUUACAGGACAUGGAAAUCAACAUGCACAUUCUCGAGUUAUUUGGCUAACAAGACGCCAGUCUGUUGUGUUUCACUCUCAACAUUUUACAAUGCUGCCAUUACUGCAUGUCCGAACUGCAGCUGCGGAUGCAGGGAAGCUGAUCAGAGUAGAACACUGUGCACAAGUCAAGGCAUGUCUCCCUCAGAUUUGGUGAGCGAUACCGAUAUACUCCAAUGCACUGACCAUAUGUGUCCUCUUCGGGUUCACUGGCAUAUUAAGAACAACUUCCUGGAUCACUGGAGGGUCAAACUGACAAUCUCCAAUUACAAUCUGGGGAGAAAUUACUCAAACUGGAACGUGUUGGUUCAGCAUCCAGGUUUUAGCCAAAACAGCACCAGUUACAGCUUCAAUAGCAUAGUUCUUCCUACUAUUGGUGUUCCAGAUGAGGUUGCUCUCUUCUGGGGUAUUGAAUACUACAAUGACGAACUGCUACAAGCAGAUAAAGUGCAAGUGGGUUCAGUUACCACAGAGAUUCUUUUGCGCAAGGAUAUGGAUUCAUUUACUCUUCGAAAUGGAUGGGCUUUUCCUAGAAGAAUCUAUUUCAAUGGUGAGAACUGUGAGAUGCCUCUUCCUGAUACUUUCCCAAUGCUGCCAAAUGGGGGCUCCAGGAUAGAUCCUCCUCAUUGGAGUCUGCUCCCAAUUAUGGUAUAUUUAACUUACAAAAUAUCUGGUUUUCGGUUUUGA